AUGGUAGAAGAUGAAGAUCGUGAGAACGUGGACUUGUUGAUAAGUGGUAUUUCAGUUGGAUUAAUUGGAAGAUUUGAAAUGGAAAUGCCAUGCAAGAUUUCUGUAUUUCUUGUAACCUCGACUGUAUCGACUGUAGAAUCAGCUGUUUUGAAAGAGACAGCACUGCACAGCACCGCGCGUCUUCACCAACAAAUGAAGAAACCAAUCGCCGAUAUUUUAUUUUUCAGACGCCUCUUACAUCCUUUGGCCAAAUGUUGUCUCUUAUCUGAUUUCCUCUUAACAGCACCUGUGCUAUGCUGCUAG